CCGGCGUGGAUACGGCCGCCGGGAACGAUGUUCAUCGUCGAUGGGUUCGAGUACGCGGCGUCGAGCGAAGCGCGGUGCGAACACUGGUUUCUGACGCACUUUCACGCGGAUCAUCACCGCGGGUUGACGCGAACGUUCGAUCGCGGCGUCGUGUACGGAACGCGGACGACGACGGAGUUGGUGCGAACGAAGAUCGGGGUGCCGCGCGAACGGUUGCGCGUGGUUGAGUUCGGCGUCGUCGUGCGCGUGGAUGGCGUGGACGUGACGUUCUUGCGCGCGAAUCAUUGCCCGGGAGCGGCGAUGAUUUGUUUCGAGUUUCCGCAUCGGCGCGACGCGUCGCCGGUGUUGCACACGGGAGAUUUUAGAUUUCACGACGGCAUGCGGAACGAUCCGACGCUUUUGCGGAUCACGAGCGAUCCUUCGGCGCCGAGGCCGAUAUUGAUCCUCGACACGACGUAUUGUUCGCUCGAACACGACGAUUUUCCGACGCAAGAGCGCGUGUUGAAAGCCGUUCGCGACGCCGUGGUGCACGAGGACUUGCUCUCGACGCGCAAGUUGUUCUUGUUCGGGACGUACACGAUCGGAAAAGAGAAAGUGUUUUUAGAAGCUGCAAAGGUGUUGAAUCGCAAGGUGUACAUCGGAAAGGCGAAGCGAAGCGUCAUGGACGCCAUAGCGCUCGAUCCCGAGGAGAGAAGCGCCAUGACGCACGACGACUCGAAAACAAACUUGCACGUCGUUCCGAUGGGCUCGACGAGUUUCAUGAAGAUGGCGUCCAUUUUGAAGUAUUAUAAAAGUCGAUUCGACACCGUUAUCGCGUUUCGUCCGACGGGUUGGACGUUUAGCGCGCAGAAGAAAACGGCGAGAGCAACGUCGCGAAGGCAGCGCGGGAGGCUGAUUCAAUACGGUUUGCCGUACUCCGAACACUCGAGCCUGAACGAGUUACGCGAGUUUGUGCGCUUCAUGAACCCAAAGUUCAUUUUCCCGCACGUCAACAACGACGGCGGCGAAAACGCGAAGAGAAUGCUAACGCUGCUUCGC